AUGUCCACCUGGCUCAUCACUGGCGCUUCAUCCGGCAUCGGUGCCAUCCUCGCCGACCUCGCCCUCCAAGCAGGCCACACCGUCAUUGCCACGGCGCGGGACCCGAUCAAAGCUGCGCAGGCGUAUCCUGCGAUCGAAAAACAGGGAGGAAAAUGGCUGAAGCUGGAUGUCACUCGUCCUGAGACGCAGCAGGAGGUCACCGAGGUGAUCAAGCAGCAUGGGGGUAUCGACGUUUUGGUUAACAAUGCCGGAUACUCCAUUCUUGGAGCAGUGGAAGACAUGAGUGAAGAAGAGAUUCACCAGCAGAUUGAUACGAAUCUGUACGGCCCCAUCCGCACCAUCAAGGCGGCUCUACCGUUCAUGCGCGAGAAGAAGUCCGGCACUAUCGUCAACGUUUCCAGUAUUGCAGGGCUGCACGCGCGAGCGACCUGUUCUCUGUACUCGGCGAGCAAAUUUGCUCUAGAGGGCUUCUCCGAAGCGCUGGCAGAGGACCUCGCAUCGUUUAACAUCCGCGUCCUGCUCGUCGAACCGGGGGCCUUCCGGACCAACUUCCUCGGGGCGGCUCAGUUUCCUGCCGCCGGGCUGAACCCAGCAUACAGAGACACCAUUGUCGAUAAAGGGCUGCAGGCCUUUCGCGACGCGGACGGCAAGCAGAUCGGGGACCCUGCCAAGGCUGCGCAGCGCAUCUUCGAAGUCGUCGAUGGAUCUGGCAUGGCGGAGGGGAAGGCAGGCCUGCUGCGACUGCCGCUGGGCAAGGACUGUCUGACACGGGCGCGAACCAAAAUUGACGGGUUGCUCCGGAACCUGGAGGAGAUGGAGGAGAUAGCCCUGAGUACUGAUUGUGAUCAAUAA